GCAGAUAUGCAUGAGGAAAAUAAAGCUGCAGGAAAUGGAUGUGGCAAAAUUCGAAGCGGCACUCAGAAUGAGGCUGCUUUACUUGCCCUGAUGGAGAAGACUGGAUACAGCAUGGUUCAAGAAAAUGGGCAAAGAAAAUUUGGUGGGCCUCCACCAGGUUGGGAAGGUCCUCCACCACCUCGUGGAUGUGAAGUUUUUGUUGGUAAGAUUCCCCGUGACAUGUAUGAAGAUGAAUUGGUUCCUGUUUUUGAAAGAGCUGGGAAGAUCUAUGAGUUCAGACUGAUGAUGGAAUUCAGUGGUGAGAAUCGAGGCUAUGCUUUUGUGAUGUACACUACUAAAGAGGAAGCUCAGCUGGCCAUUAAGAUUCUUAACAAUUACGAAAUUCGUCCAGGGAAAUUUAUUGGUGUCUGUGUAAGCUUGGACAACUGCAGACUAUUUAUUGGAGCAAUUCCGAAAGAAAAGAAGAAAGAAGAAAUACUGAAUGAAAUGAAGAAAGUUACAGAAGGAGUGGUGGAUGUCAUUGUUUAUCCAAAUGCCACUGACAAAACUAAAAAUCGUGGCUUUGCUUUUGUAGAAUAUGAAUCUCACAGAGCAGCUGCAAUGGCUAGGAGGCGGCUUAUCCCAGGAACAUUCCAGCUCUGGGGUCACACUAUUCAAGUAGACUGGGCAGACCCUGAGAAAGAAGUUGAUGAGGAAACAAUGCAGAAAGUUAAGGUAUUAUAUGUAAGAAAUUUAAUGAUAUCUACUACAGAGGAGACAAUUAAAGCUGAAUUCAACAAGUUCAAGCCAGGAAUAGUUGAACGUGUAAAGAAGCUGAGAGACUAUGCUUUUGUUCAUUUUUUCCAUCGAGAUGAUGCAGUCGCUGCUAUGUCUGUAAUGAAUGGAAAGUGCAUUGAUGGAGCCAGUAUUGAGGUAACACUGGCAAAGCCAGUUAACAAAGAAAGUACUUGGAAGCAACAUUUUAAUGGUCAGAUAAGUCCCAGUUCUGAAAAUCUCUUGGGGUUUCCUAACAAAGAAGAUGGUCAUCAAAAAUCCUUAGGGAAACCAGUGAGUCUUCCAGUUCGUCUUAAUGGUCAGCACAGUCCAGUGCCCACUGAAGUUGAAAGAUACACAUACCCUUUUUUUCCAGGAAUAAAGCUUACUCCAAUUAGCAUGUAUUCUUUAAAAUCCAGUCACUUCAGUUCUGCAGCAAUGCAUCUGGAUUAUUUUUGCAAUAAAAAUAAUUGGGCACCGCCAGAGUACUACUUGUAUUCAACCACAACUCAGGAUGGGAAAAUACUUUUGGUGUACAAGGUGCUUAUUCCUGGUAUUGCUGAUGCUUCCCAGAGUAUUUUCAUGCCAGACAAACUCUGUACAACAGUAGAAGGUGCAAAGGAAUUGGCAGCACAGUUCACGCUUCUACAUCUAGUCCCUGGACAAGCAUGUGUAACUUCGCUGUCCAUGAAUGCAGCAUAGUGGGAUAGUAGAGCCAACUGUACGCCUUACUUGGCUUGA